CCAUUCCCCUCGUCUCAUCUCAAGAGCGACUAGAGAGAGGAAGAGAACAAGCGAUAAGCUCAUCUCGCACGCAAGAUGCGGGCUCCAAGGGGCGGAGGCGGCUGCCGCGGCGGCCAGGAGCAUGUGGAGCUGAUCCCUGGCAUCCCCGACGACGUGGCCGUGGACUGCCUGGCGCGCGUCCCCCACGCCUCCCACCGCGCGAUGCGCCGGGUCUGCCGCGGCUGGCGGAGCGCCGCCGCGGCGCCGGCCUUCGCGUCGGCGCGCGCCGCGGCGGGCGCCAACGAGGACCUCGUGUACCUGAUGCAGUUCGGGAACCCGUCCGGCGACGACGGGCCCAAGGACGGCGACGACGGGCCCGGCAGCACCCCGGCGUACGGCGUGGCGGUGUACAACGUGACGACGGGCGAGUGGCGGCGGGAGCGCGGCGCGCCCCCCGUGGUGCCGGUGUUCGCGCAGUGCGCGGCGGUGGGGACCCGCGUGGCCGUGCUGGGCGGCUGGGACCCGCGCACCUUCGAGCCCGUGGCGGACGUGCACGUGCUGGACGCCGCCACGGGGCGGUGGCGCCGCGCCGCGCCCAUGCGGUCGGCGCGCUCCUUCUUCGCCUGCGCCGAGGCCGGCGGCAAGAUCUACGUGGCGGGCGGCCACGACAAGCACAAGAACGCGCUCAAGACCGCCGAGGCGUACGACGCCGGGGCCGACGCCUGGGACCCGCUGCCCGACAUGUCGGAGGAGCGCGACGAGUGCGACGGCAUGGCCACCGUGGCCGGCGACCGCUUCCUGGCCGUCAGCGGCUACCGCACGGCGCGCCAGGGUGGGUUCGAGCGCGACGCCGAGUGGUUCGACCCGGCGGCGCGCGCGUGGCGCAGGCUCGACCGCGUGCGCGCGCCGCCCUCCGCCGCGCACGUCGUCGUCCGCGGCCGCGUCUGGUGCAUCGAGGGCAACGCCGUCAUGGAGUGGAUGGGCACCCGCCGCGGCUGGCGCGAGGUCGGCCCGUACCCGCCGGGCCUCAAGGCCGGCACCGCGCGCGCCGUCUGCGUCGGCGGCGGGGAGAAGGUCGUGGUCACCGGCGCGCUCGACGGCGAGGGCGGCCGCCACGCGCUCUGGGUGUUCGACGUCAAGACCAAGAGCUGGACCGUGGUCCGCCCGCCGCCGGAGUUUGCCGGAUUCGUCUUCUCCGUCGCGUCCGUCCGGAUCUGAGGAUCUCCAUUUUCUACUAGUACGUACGUGCACCGUUUUCGUCGUUGCUGGAUCCGAUGAAGACUCAUCCCCUCCAAGAUCUACGUUUGCAAUGGAUGGAUCUGCGCAUCCGCUGACUUACUAGUCCGCCUUGCCUUCGAUUCGUCCAAGGAUGGUGACGAUGGUGAUCGACGCCAACAAUGAGAGAUAUACAUGGAGGAGCGGGAGCCAUGGGCGGUUGUAAAAUCUGAAAAAAAAGUGGUGAGAGUGUGAAUUUGGAUCUGGUGGUGAGUGAAUUUGGAUGAGUGUGGUGUUUUUGUCCCGAGGUGAAGGACACAGACUGUUGUUUGUUGCUCUUGCCCUACAGCCAUGCUUUUGCUAUCGCUAGCCUACUAGUAAUAAAAACCACUGUACAUA